CGCCGCGCUUGCAGCUCGCCGCUCGCUGCCCGCGUCGCUGUCGCCGUCGCCGCUGCCACCCGCCCUCCGCGUGUCCCCGCCGCGCUCCAAUCCCUGCGGCCGGCCCGGGGCGCGCUCGGUCGCUCGGGGCAGAGUGUCCCCGCUGCGGGCCUGCGGCGAUGGCCACCAAGAUCGACAAGGAGGCUUGCCGGGCGGCGUACAACCUGGUGCGCGACGACGGCUCGGCCGUCAUCUGGGUGACUUUUAAGUAUGACGGCUCCACCAUCGUCCCCGGCGAGCAGGGAGCGGAGUACCAGGACUUCAUCCGGGAGUGCACAGAUGACGUCCGGUUGUUUGCCUUCCUGCGCUUCACCACGGGGGAUGCCAUGAGCAAGAGGUCCAAGUUCGCCCUCAUCACGUGGAUCGGCGAGAACGUCAGCGGGCUGCAGCGAGCCAAAACCGGUACGGACAAGACCCUGGUGAAGGAGGUCGUGCAGAAUUUUGCUAAAGAGUUUGUGAUCAGCGAUCGGAAGGAGCUGGAGGAAGAUUUCAUUAAGAGCGAGCUCAAGAAGGCGGGGGGCGCCAAUUACGACGCGCAGACGGAGUAACCCCCGCCCUUGCCCUGCCCCUUGCAAUGUCACCCACCUGCUCCCCGGGGGAGGGGACCGCGGCCUCAGCCACCAGCCUGCCAGCCCACCAGGGACAGGAGACGCCGUGAGAGGCAACACGCGCCCCCCUGUCUGCAGCCCACCUCCCCUUCCCCGCUCCCCUCCUGAGUGCCCCCCCCACGCCUUAUCUCCUGAAGCUUAUGGAACAUCUUUCUUUCAUCUCCCUUUCCUUUUCCCCAGCUUUUGCUUGUUCUAAGGAAAAAUCAUUUUGAUGCCGAGGCCACGCACCUCAGCAGAGCGGAAGCUUCUCCUGUGGUGAACCCUUUUCCUGGCCUCUCCCGCCACCAGCCUGCAUCGCUGGGGGGCCAGGCCGCCGUCUGGUGUCCCUUUGCACCCACCUGCUUGGGGGAGGAGGCCACCGUGCCUGUCGCGGGGUCACCUUGACCCGCACACACGUCUAUCCUAUGUAUCAGGCUCAGGC